AUGGACAUAGGAAACAAAACACAGAUCCAAAGAGUAAUUGGAUAUUUUCAUGGAGUGACUUUCUUACUCAGUUCUAUAAUAGGUGCAGGUAUCUUCAUAGCACCCAAAGGAGUGCUGAAAUAUUCCUCCCUCAAUGUGGAGGUUACCCUAAGCAUCUGGAUUGCUUGUGCAAUGGUGGCCAUGACAGCUGCCCUCACUUAUGCUGAGGUGGGCACAACUUUCCCUCGAAGCGGAGCUCAAUUCUAUAUCCUCAAAAGAUCUCUGGGGGCUCCUUUUGUUUUCUUCUGCCUUUGGAUCGAGCUUUUUAUGAUUCCAGCAGGAAUUGCUGGUCGAACCUUGUUGCUGACUGAGUAUGUUAUUCAACCUUUCUAUGCUGGGUGCUCUGCACCAGCAUUGCCUAAAAAAUGCUUGGCUUUGGCCAUUUUGUGGUCUCUGGGAAUCCUCAGUGUUCAAGGUGUGAACAAAGUAACUUGGUUUCAGACAAUCAGCAUGAUGAUGAAGGUGACAGUUCUCUGCCUUAUUGCCCUAAGUGGAGUUGUUUUGUUGGUGAUAAGAAAGGACAACUCAAUCAGGUUAGGUGAUGCUUUUGGUUCUGACCUUCCUAAUGUCUCUCAAAUUCCAGAAGCCCUUUUCCAGGGAUUAUAUGCAUAUUCAGGAUGGCAAAUACUGAUUUCCAUUGCAGGAGAGUUAAAAAACCCAGCUAAAAAUAUUCCCAAGUGUCUUUUUACAGCACUUCCCUUGGUGGCUAUACUUUACCUUCUGGUUAAUAUUUCCUACCUGACUGUUCUAACGCCCAGGGAAAUCGUCACUUCAGAUGCUGUUGCAAUGACAUGGACUGAUAGAGUCAUUCCCUCCUGCCAAUGGAUCAUUUCUAUGGGUGUUUCUACUUCAGUUCUCAGCGGCCUUUUAUCUACUAUAUUUUCAUCAUCAAGAUUAUGUUAUCGUGCAAGCCUAGAGGGACAGAUGCCUUUAUUAUUCUCUAUGCUUAACAUCCACUCCAGUCCAGCUUUAAGCGUGAUUCAGAUAAUUAUUUUUGCAUCAAUUAUGAUUAUUCCCUCAGAUUUACUCCGAUUGAUAAACUUUAUAGGCUAUAUACAAUCAGUUCAAAUUGGGUUGAUCGUGAUAGGUCUGAUUAAGAUGAGAUAUCAGGAGCCUGAUUUACCUAGACCUUUUAAGGUACAUUUAUCAUUUGCAUUUGGAACACUCAUUACAUCUUUCCUCUUGGUUUUGACUCCAAUUAUCCAGUCUCCAAAGAUAUACCACAUUUAUAUGCUUUUCUUUAUUCUAACAGGCUUUUUGUUAUACGUGGUUUUUGUACACUUUAAGUUUUAUUUUGGUUGGCUUGAUAAAGUCACUUGUUAUUUGCAAUUGCUGUUGAAUGUUGCACCCCUGGACGGGCCUGAGGAAUAUGUGUCAGAAGAAAUAACUUCCAAAAAAGCAUUCUAAAGUUUCAACAAAGAUAUAGCAAAGAUUAAACAGUUGUUUAAACAAUCAUUUAUUAAAGGACUUUUUUU